GAGUGCCUGGGCCAUAGAUUGUUCUCUCAGCACUGAAGACAACGCUGCCUCUUAUUGGUGUUCGAGUUCUUGGAUCUUCUGUACUUUUUCUACCCGCAGUUUGAUACUUAUGUUGUGAGAGUUAACAUGAGGAUGUCCUCAAAGCAUCUCUGAAGAGACUGAAUACAAACCACCGACUCAGGGGUGUGUCCAGCUUGUGGUGGACUAAAGUGGAGAAAGCUGGUUUGGGAAUGCACGGAGUACAUUGAGAUACUUUGUUGAGUAUCUGCAGAGUCAAAGUGGAGGCACCUCAAGUUCCAAACAUCCACCUGACCCUUUAUGCUUUGCACAUCCCCAUCCCACGGUGCAGCACCUACAGAUCAUGCAUUUGUCACCUAAUCCAGAGUCAUGUAAGGAAGCCAUUCAUGAUCCUGAGAGACUGCUGAAGAAUGAGAGAGGCAGGGCUGUCUUCUCAGUCUUAGCCAGGUCAUCAGCUACCAUUUGAAGUAUUUGUUCCGUAAGCGGAUGUCAAAAGAAGAGAAUUUUCAGACAGCAAUGUCUAAUCAAACAUCAAUAUCUGACAGUCCCAAGAUUCACCAGGACCUGAAAUUCAUCAGCCUUUGAAUGUGGAAGAAGAAGUUUUUCUUCAUUCUUUCUGAGGGAAAAGAUUUCAAAUGUCAGUGUAACCAGAAAACAACAAGACAACAAACCCACCCGAUUGAGAGUGUCCAAGUGAAUUGACUGCAAAAAGCAUGAAUCAAUUACACAGACUGAAUGUUCCAGUGAAUUGAUUGGAGAAUGAGCUUUAACCAAUGACACUGUCCAAGAUAAAUCACACUGUUCACUGCCGGGAGAAACCAUACCUGUGUUUUGUGUGUUGACGAGGCUUCAACUGAUCAUCCAACUUAGACACACAAACAACUGCACCAUGGAGAAACCAUGGAAAUGUGGGGACUGUGGGAAAGGAUUCAGAUCCCCAUCUGAUCUGGAAAUUCAUCGACGCAUUCACACUGGUGAGAGACCGUUCACCUGCUCUGAGUGUGGAAAAGGAUACACUCAGUUAUCCAGCUUACAGACACACCAGAGAACUCACACUGGGGUGAUGCCAUUCAGUUGCUCUGACUGUGGGAAGGGAUUCACUCGAUCAUCCACCCUGCUGAAGCACCAGCGAGUUCACACAGGAGAGAGGCCUUUCACCUGCUCUAAGUGUGGGAAAGGAUUCAGCCAUUCUUCCAACCUCCUGACGCACCAGCGGGUUCACACUGGGGAGAGGCCUUUCACUUGCUCUGAGUGUGGGAAAGGAUUCUCUGAUUCAUCGACCCUGCUGAAACACCAGCAAGUUCACACUGACAAGAGACCUUUUAUCUGCCCCAUCUGUGGGAAGUGCUAUAAAAGUUCCAGAGAACUGUCAUGCCAUCAACGUGUUCACACCGAUGAGAGACCCUUCAGGUGCUCUCACUGUAGGACAGGGUUCAAAACGACAUCUGACCUCGCUGUCCACCAGCGAGUUCACACUGGAGAGAAACCAUUCAUCUGCUUUGAGUGUGGGAAAAGUUUCACUUAUUCAUCCAACCUCCUGAGGCACCAGCGUGCUCACUCAGAUCUGAGAGCCUUUCAAUGUUCAGAUGGUGAGGAGAGCUUUAAAAGUGGCAAUGACUUGCAGACACACCGAUGCAUUGACGCUGGAGAGAGUCCGUUCUGCUGCUGCGAUAGUGGGAAGAGGUUCACUGAUUCAUCCAACCAACUAAACGAUCAGCAAAGUCAAGUUGUGGAGAAGUCAUUUACCUGCUCCAAAUGCAGGAAGGACUCACUUGGGUGUUUACCUUGCUGCAAAAGUAGCGAGUUCACUCAGAGAAGAGGUCAUACACUUGAGCCCUGUAUGGGAAGGAAUUCAUUCAUUCUUCCCUCCUGCUGAGAUUGCAGUGAGUUCAUAUAUGAUUGACUGACUGCAGGGGUUGGAUUCUGUUUGCGCAGCUAUUCAUCUCAUUCAGAGCUGGCUGCUCCCCAGUGGAACUCACUGGUGCAUCAGGAAGUUGGAGAAUGAGUUAUUGUUGUCAUUUAUGUAAAUGAUUUUGAUGUGAAUAUAGGCGGAAUGGUUAGUAAGUUUGCAGGUGACAGCAAGGUUGGUGCUAUAGCGGACAGUGAAGAAGGUUAUCUCUCAAUACAAUAGGAACUUGAUCACGAUGGCUGAGGAUUGGCAGAUGAAGUUUAAUUUAGAUAGGUAUGAGGGUUGCAUUUUAGUAAGGGAAAUCAAGGCAGGACUUUACACACAUGGUAGGGUCCUGGGGAGUGUGGCUGAGGAAAGAAACCUUGGGAUGCAGGUUCAUAUUUCGUUGAAGAUGGAGUCCCAGGUAGACAGGUUAGGAAAGAAGAUUUUGGUACGCUUACUGUUAUUGGUCAGUGCAUUGAGUAUAGGAUUGGGUUGAAUGUUGCGGCUGUACAGGACAUUGGUUAUUCCACUUAUGGAAUACUGCGUUCAGUUCUGGUAUCCCUGCUAUAUGAAAGAUGUUGUUAAACUUGAAAGGGCGCAGAAAGGAUUUACAAUGAUGUUGCCAGGGUUGUAGGGUUUGAGCUACACUUACAGGCUGAAUAGGCUGGGCUAUUUCCCUGCCGUGCCUGAGGCUGAUGGGUAACCUUAUAGAGGUUUAUAAAGUCAAGAAGGGCAUUGGUAGGGUAUGUAACCAGGUCUUUUCCCCUGGGUAGGGGAGUCUAAAAUGAGUUGGCAUAGCUUUAAGCUGAGAGGGGAAAGAUUUAAAAGGGACGUAAGGGGCAUCUUUUUCAUUCAAAGGGUGGUGCAUGUAUGGAACGAGCUGCCAGAAGAAGUGAUGGAGGUUGGUACAAUAACAGCAUUUAAAAGGCAUCUGGAUGGUUCCAUAACUGUGAAGGGUUUAGAGGGAUAAGGGCCAAAUGCUGGCAGUUGGAACUAGAUUAAUUUUGGAUACCUGGUAAGCUUGGGCAAGUUGGACUGAAGAGUGUGUUUCCAUGCUGUAGAGCUGUAAUCCUGAGAUAGGGAAAAAUUAUGUCCCAGCCACUCUACUCCAUGUUUCAGAGCUCUGAGACGUAACUGUUUCAAGUCAUUAAGAACAAUGGGGAAUGGUAGAAAUGUAUAAUCAAGCCAGAGAUUGGGGUCAUAAUGGGAUCUGCUCCUGACUGAAAAUGAAAUGGCAGAUUUAGGUUUCCAGUGUGAUAGCAACAGUGGUUUUUAUGGUCUGAGGAAUUAAAACGAUUAUGUGAUGCUCCUGAUUCUCAGAAUGUACGUGAACAACACCAACUUAGACCUUUUCAUAUUGUAAAACUUGCCAAGGUGCUUUAUACUUGACCAAAAGCUUUAUUGAGGUAGAUUUUAGGGAGGGAAUUCUCAAGCUUGAUAUCUUGGUAGCUGAAAGUGCAACCACAGA